AUGCACUGGCGUAACUACCAGGGUCGCAGCAGUCGCACUUGUGACUGGGACCUGGUGUUCCGCCAGUUCAGGGGGGCCCAGCGAGAAGAGGAUGGCACGGCGCCCGUGGAAAAAUGCGACUGGCUUUCGGCGGCUCUGAUCACACCUUUGGCCUACACCUACAACAGGUGGAAGAAACCGGACUACAAAGUGGCCCAGAUCUGGAGCCAGUCAUCUUUGGAUCCAAAUCAACAGCCCCCUGCUUGUUCUAAAGCAGAUUCUGCAUCACCCGGAAAGGCAAAUGAGCUGCCGCAGCAGUUGGCACAUAACAGACUGUCUCUGGAAACAAAUGUAUACCAAGGUUUCCAGUUACCAUCAUCCCCAAAACCAGAACGGAAGACACCACCUCCUGUUCCAGAACGCAAGACAAAGCCUUCCUCAACCAAUAGAGGCAUAUGUACACCAUCUGCUGCCUUUAAAAUGAAUCUGCAGAACCCUCCCCCACCGAUUCCAGUUAGAAAAGAGAAGCCAUCAGAAUAUCGAUCUGGCAAUAUGGAGUCUGCAGAAUAUGACUAUGCUUAUGAAGUAAUGCCUGAGCCUGGCAUGGAAUCUAAAGAGCAAAGGUUGCCAGCCAACUGCAAUAUACUACUUAUGAAUAUUGGCAAGAUGGUGGAGGAUACAGGCAUAGAGAACUUUGGAUUUCCAUUACUGUGCAGAAGUUGCUCUGCUGCAUUCUCUGAGCUCAGUCAUGUGGAUGAGAACAAGACUUGGACCUGUGAUUUCUGUAGUACAGAAAACUCUGUCACUGAACACACAGAGUUGAGGUGUACAGGAGAUGACCAGCUUUACCUGCAGGCAAUGUCUGGAAAUGUAUACACCGCAGAUGAUGACACCAUGCUAAUAUUUUGCAUUGACAUAUCGGGGAGUAUGAGUGUGACCAUAGAGGUGCCACAAGAUCAGACCAAUAACUGUAGUGACCACAAUAUGUACCAAUCAAGAAUGGAGGCUGUGAAAUCUGGACUGACUGAAACUUUGCAUUUGCUUCACAAACAGAAUCCUAGGCAGAGAGUGGCACUUGUAGCUUUCAGUGACCAGGUGAAGAUAUAUGGAGAUGGAACCAUACAGCCACAAGUGUUAGAGGACUGUGAACUUCUAGACACUGAUUACCUGAAAUCACAAGGCGAAAACCAGCCAGUGCCACAAAUAUUAGAAGAGACUCUGCAUCUCCUGGAGGCCAAAAUCGAAUGCCUGAAAGAAAAUGGAGCUACCGCGCUGGGCCCUGCAGCCUUGAUGUCUAUAGCAAUGGCUUCCAAGAGACCAGGAUCUAAGGUGAUCAUUUGUACAGAUGGUCGGGCGAACACUGAUCUGGGGAACCUGGAGAAUAUAACUGAAGAGUAUGUCUACCAGUCCUCCAAGCUUUACUACAGCAAUCUGGGAGAUCUGGCUCUUCAGCACAGUGUUGUGGUGUCAGUGGUGACGAUAGAAGGAACAGACUGCAGACUUCCUGAACUGGGACAACUUGCCGAUAAGACAGGAGGAAAGGUAAAUAUUGUACAUCCUUCAAAUUUGGCCAAGGAAUUCCAGUCUAUCCUGGAUGAACAAAUUAAUGCUACGGAUGUGGAAGUAAAGGUUUAUCUUCCCCAUUCUAUGCAUUUCUUCUAUGAGGCACAUACUGAGCCUAUUUUACAAAGGAAACUUGGAAGUACAAAUGCUGACACUGUGCUGUCCACAGAAUUUACUAUCCAUUCAUCCAAGACUAAAGAAGUCCUGCGGCAUUCCCAGCUACCUGUACAGGUGCAGUUAACAUAUACCCUCGCAGAUGGAAGAAGCAUACACCGGAUCAUCAGCCAAAAGAGACCAGUGACCAAUGACAGGUUUAAAACCUUUGUUUUCUCUCUAGUGUUGCUGUUCGAGAAGCCAUCAACUUGA